GCCCGGUCUGCGCCCCACCCCCGUCCGUCCGCCCGCUAUGCCGCCGCCAUGUCUGCGCAGGCCCAGAUGCGCGGGAUGCUGGACCAGUUGAUGGGCACCUCCCGGGACGGAGAUACUACUCAUCAACGAAUCAAAUUCAGUGAUGACAGAGUAUGCAAGAGUCACCUUCUGAAUUGUUGCCCCCAUGAUGUCCUGUCUGGAACUAGAAUAGAUCUUGGAGAAUGUCUGAAAGUCCAUGACCUGGCUUUAAGAGCAGAUUAUGAAAUUGCGUCCAAAGAACAAGAUUUUUUCUUUGAACUCGAUGCUAUGGAUCAUCUGCAGUCAUUCAGUGCAGAUUGUGAUCGAAGAACAGAAGUGGCUAAGAAAAGAUUAGCAGAAACUCAGGAAGAGAUUAGUGCUGAAGUUGCAGCAAAGGCAGAACGUGUUCAUGAGUUAAAUGAAAUCGGUAAAUUGUUGGCUAAGGUGGAACAGCUAGGAGCUGAAGGGAAUGUGGAGGAAUCCCAGAAAGUAAUGGAUGAAGUAGAGAAAGCACGGGCAAAGAAAAGAGAAGCAGAGGAAGUUUAUUGGAAUUCUAUGCCAUUCUGGAAGCUGGAAGCUUCCAGUUUCCAGCAGCAGAAACUUCGAGUCUGUGAAGUUUGCUCUGCCUAUUUAGGUCUUCAUGAUAAUGACAGACGACUGGCUGAUCAUUCUGGGGGUAAACUGCACCUGGGUUUUAUUGAAAUAAGAGAGAAGCUUGAAGAAUUAAAGAGAGUUGUAGCUAAGAAGCAGGAGAAAAGAAACCAUGAACGCCUGAGAAGAAGAGAAGAAAGGGAGAGAGAAGAAAGGGAGAAGCUGAGGAGGUCUCGAUCACAUAGCAAGAAUCCUAAAAGAUCCAGGUCCAGAGAGUAUCGCAGACAUAGGUCUCGCUCCAUGUCACGGGAAUGGAAAAGGAGAACUCGAUCCAAAUCCCGGGAGAAACGCCAUCGCCACAGGUCCCGCUCCAGCAGCCGUAGUCGCAGCCACAGCCACCAGAGAAGUGGGCACAGUUCUAGAGACAGGAGCAGAGAGCGAUCCAGGAGGAGAUCCUCAAAAGAGAGAUUCAGAGAACAAGACUUAGCAUCACGUGACAGAGACAGGAAUUCAAGAGACAGAUCACCUCGUGACAGAGAUCGAAAAGAUAAGAAGUGGUCCUAUGAGAGCGCUAAUGGCAGAUCAGAAGACAGGAGGAGCUCUGAAGAGCAUGAAGCAGGGGAGAUAUAAUUAGCUGUGUACCUAUCCUCAAUCCUUAAGCUUCCUCUGGAGUUACAUACUAUUGUUUAGUUUACAGCUGUUCAGGGUGACACAGUGAGCAGUUCCAGACACCUAUCCAGCUAGGCUAGGUGUAUAGCAUCUAACUUGAUCUGAACUUGUUUUCUUUGAUGAAGCCUAAAACUACAUCCAUAGUUUCUGGUGAACUUGUAAUACACUUCUGAAAGUACA